GGCAGCAGCUUAGGGAGGCAGCUGUAUGUGUGUCUAGAUCACUAUUGCUACAGGUAAAGACAGCUGCAUUGUUGGAUGCUGCGAACUCCAAAGAGGGGAGGGUUGGUUGGGAAGUGCUCGCUGCUGUGUUUGCAAGUCCUCGUUCCGGAGUGGAGUGCACAAUUUUAAUUAUCUCCAAAAAAACAUCCAGGACUGAAGGACGGGCAGAGGAUCUCAGCUACAAGACCAACAAAUCACAGGCUGACUGAAAAGAGCGCAGGCUUUCAACAACUAAAGGGAAAAAAACACCACUCUCUUUGGAAUAUAUGUUUUUCAACACUGUGCUCUCCUAGUUAUGGUUUUACUUGUAUCUUGUGCUUUCUGAUCUUAUUUUUUUUUUUUUUUUAUCAACUCCCUGCUUCUCAUUACCCUCCUUUCACAUUUUAUCACUCUGUGGCGGAAUGUUCCGUGCACAUACAUGAGGGGAGGCUUUUUGAGAGCUUGCUGCAGUAUUAACGAACAGUACACUGAGGCAGCAAGACAGCUGAGCGGGCAGCUUGGGGAAAUCUGAUCCACAGCCGGCUGGAGAACGAGCAGGAUCACUCUUUGCAGUUGCAGAUUUAUCCGCCCUCUGAUACUGCACGACAACACCCCUUGUCUUGUUUUUUUACCCCACCUCACCCUCGCUCUUGUCCUUCCUUGAAGUCUUUCCUUUUGAGCACUUCUGGGGAAAUAACUGGAUCUUUCAGCUUUGAAUUUUACUGCAAAGUGGCAUUUUAGAUCACACUAAUACACAAAAACACAAAAGGAAGACACUAUAAGUCGACCAUUGGCAAAGAUAUUAGAUAACCAUGGGUGAGUGUUGAACUGACUCCUAACUGGUAGAUCUUUCGGAUCUCUAUUUCAGCAACACCAGAAACAGAAUUCAAAAGCAAAGGUUACUUAAGGCAUUAAGAAGCAUCCUUUUGGACCUUCAAGAGACCAGACCCACCCUUCAACGUCCCUGAUUACUGUCCUAUUGUGGAUUUGUACAUGGGUGGUAUAUGUCGACAUCAAGUUAAAUCUGUGGAUUUCUGCCACUGAUGCCACUGAUUUCUAACAGAUGUGACGACGCUCCAUCCCACACAUUUCUCUCCUUGUGUCUCCUUCCUUCCUGCUAGAGGCAUCACUUUUUUCCACUUCUCCUCUUGCUUACUUUACAGUGAACAUUUUUGAAGUUUGCUAUUGGAGAUCCGGAGCUGGCCAGGACUAAAGAUAAACUAAUUUUGUGACUUGGCUCUUACACAACCACUCAUAUAUCUAAUUGGGUGUUUUGUAGUGUGAGUGUGGGUACUUGUGCUUUUGCGAUUGCAUGUCUGCAUGUAUUUUCUUACCCCCGCCCUUCUCUCUAUGCUUGGGAUACAUAUUCAUUUAGUUGUUACAGAGAGUCUUUAGGAAACUCCUUUCAAUUCUACAUUCCUUUUGUCUUUUCAAAGUCCAGCAUUGUUGAGAACCUUUUUGCGAUGUGCUAUCAAUGUCUACUGUAGGGUUAACCCUCAAUGAGCCAUAAAGGACGGCAGGACAGGAUGAGUGAGGGCUCUGGAGCAGCUGUAUCCGGGGCAGUAAUCCUGGAGGAACCUGAGGGUUCAGCGGCUACUGAGGGCCGUGGAGAGGUCCAGGCUCAGAAUCAGGGUCCUUUUCGGUGUGCAGUGUGGCCUCGCCAGCAGACAUGGCUGUGUGUGGUCCCCUUACUCAUUGGUUUCAUUGGCCUUGGACUGAGCCUGAUGCUCCUGAAAUGGAUUGUUGUGGGUACAGUGCGGGAUUAUGUGCCAACUGAUCUGGUGGAUGCUAAUCGAAUAGGCCAAGAUCCUAUCUUUCUCUCUAAGCCAAGUGGGCUUCCCAAAGGUCCUGAUACUACCACUACUACAACUACUCCUACAGAUGGUGGAACCCCCAUACCUAGAACUGUAACUGUGGCAAAAGGUAGAACUCGCACUAUUGCUACAACCACAACUACAAACCCCAGAGGGGGCGGGGCCUCUGGAAGUCAGGUGACACCUCGAAACCCAGGAAAUCGUAACGGACGUAUACCUUCAAGCUUUACUACGAUCACUGCUGCACCACAGACAACCUUUGUAAUUGGAGCAGCGACCACGAGCUCGUCUCCAGCAAAUCCAACAGUUCUUCAUGACUCUACGCAAAUGUGGACAACGGAACAUACUACUACUGCGGAGGCCUCUACCACACUGACCACACGUAUGCAUAGCCAUCGCAAAACACCAUCCCCAACUGUGCCUCCCCUUCACUCGGAGCAUUUCAAACCCUGCCAUGAGAAGGACUUGGCCUACUGCCUCAAUGGUGGUGAAUGCUUUGUCAUUGAGACACUAAGUGGCCCCCACAAGCACUGCAAGGUGGUCAGUUUGGUGUCCUGGUGGCUGUUUCGUGUCCUGGUGGCUGUUUCGUCCCCCAACGCGGGACAGCAGGUCCUCAAGCUGGGUCCUGGGCAGACAGAACUACAGCUGAAAGCGACCACCAUCCAGACGCAGCUCCUGGAGUAG